AUGGAUCUCAUGCUCGAGGGUUCAAUGUCGACCAACGAAAUUGACCCAGAGACGCCAAAAUCGUAUUCGCGGGGACUUGAAAGCCGCGAGGCUACAGCUGAAUCGAGCAACAUGCAGGAAUCACCCGCGAGACAAGAUGGCUCCAAUGAUAUUAUGAGUCUGCAGCUUCCCGAGGUCAUGCCGUUUACAUUACCAUCCAAAGAAAUUGUGUCAGAAUCAAUCGGUCUCUAUUUCAGAUACUGCCACAAGCAGCCUCUCUGGCUUCUCGAUCCUGAGGACUUAGCUUCGCCAGAGAACUGUCGAAAUGAGGUUAUCUUCGGAGUCCUCACUCUUGCUCUGCGCUAUUCGGAUAAUCCUCUCUUGGAAGGAAGAAAGGAUCAAAUGUGUCGCCAGUAUGCGGAGUCCGCGCGUGGUCUCGUUAUGUUUCGCAUUGCUCAAGGGAGUGUGGACCUGUCUACGAUGCAGAGCCUUUGCCUGAUUGCACUCGCGGAAUACAUCUGUCAGUCCGAAUGGCUACAAAUGAUACCGAUCUUGCCUGGCUACAUAUUGGUCUUGUCACGAAUCUCGCGAAAUGCGGGGGGGCUUGACGUUGAACAAAACGAAGGUGCCAUUUUUCCUGCUUCGGAAGCAAAGCGAAGACUAUUCUGGAGUAUACACUUCUUGGACCAGCAGUAUGGCCUUCGAAAUAUGCAGUUGGAUAUGUUCCAGGAUAUUCAACGACCUGUUUACAUGGCCAUGGGAAUGGGAUCUCCCCGGGAAAUGGGUACUAAACCACCCCAGCUUCCCCAGGAGACAGGGUCCUUUUCAGCAAGAGGUGAUAUCUGGGUUUACAUGGUACAGUUGGGCUGCUUCUGGAGCGAGGUACAACAGUAUGUAUCCCAUUGCUCGGUCGGUGACGCAACACCACCUUGGUCGGUGAAAUCCGGCUACUCGAUCCUGGGGGCUCAUUUGAUGGAUAUCGAAACCAAGUUCCCAACUCGCCACCGAUGGGACUCGGUGAGAUUUUGGGAGCAACCUAAAGAAGACCUUCAAGCAGAGCGUUGGUACUGGAGUUCGUGGCUAUAUCUUCAAUUUACCUACCACGCAAUCCACAGCGUCCUUAAUCACCCAUUUAUCUACUCGUGGCGCCCGCAGCAGUCUUCUCAGCUUUCUGUUCCAAACACCUUCUGGAAAACAUCCUCAGAGCUCGCCCUGAUUCACUCAACCUGGACAGUCCGACUGAUUGAAAUGAUCACCGAAAAAGAAUACUCGCUUUCAGAUCCGUUUCUGGCUCAUACUGUCUCGAUCGCGGCGACAAUUCAUAUUUACUAUUGCCGGGCUGCAGAUCCAGCUAUCCGAGAAUCUGCCCAACGCGCUGUUGAAAUUUGUACAAAGUUCCUGGGCGAGCUAGCAAAAAAAUGGCCGCGCUGCCAGACAAUGUACCAAAAACUACAAACUCUCGUCCAUUCGGCUUUCACUGGGAGUCCAGAUUCAAACAAUAAGCGAUCCUCACGGCGGACGCUAUCGAUAGAUACCGCUCUAAUGUGGGAUAUUCUUCUGCACAACUCAUCUCGAUCAUCAUCAUAUUCAUCUACAGGGGACGGGCUUUUCGACUUGUCGUUCUUACAAGCGCAAACCCCAAGCGAGAAGCAUCAUGACAAACUCACCGUUGAGACAGAGAUAUUCCAUCGCUCAACAAGAGCGGUGGAUACUUCCGAUGGAGGUCAGGCAUUACCGCCAUAUUCAAGUACAGUGGGCGAGCGCGAUCGGGAUAGUUCGCAAAGUCCCAUGCACGGUCCUUGGAAUGUGGACACCAUCGAUAGCAACGCAACUCAGAUCCCGCUACCACGAGAGCCGUUUUUUAAUGGGCCGGGCGUUCAAGGAGAUAUGUCUUUCAUGGAUAUUACACAUGAUCCAUUCUUUCAGUUUCAGGAUCAUCAGCAGCCGUACUUGGGGAUUUGGGAGAUUGGAAAUUUGUAA